CUUCUCCUUCGUUUACAUGUCAAAAAAUAAAACAUGGCGGACAGAAGCAGUGAAGGCUGCAUCGGUUGAGCUGCUGGCAGUUUAAACACCACAAAAGGGCCACACAGCCGCCGUGGAAGGGCCCGGCGUGUAGGGAGGGCAGUGCCGUGUGAGCAAGGGGAGGUUUGUCUCCGAGCUGGAAGAAAACUUUCAUUUAUUUUUUUAUUUUUUCCUGGAAAAGAGAUCCCGAGCGAGCUGAAACAAGUCGGACAUGAACGGGGAGAUUGUGUGCAAUAGCCACUCAGUCACCGUCCUAAGCUCCAACAAGUCCAUAUCGUCAUUUAACGAUGAGAAGAUGAUCAAGCGGACACAGGAGGGAAUGUGCUCUCCAAAAUGCUACAAGCUCUUUGAUGCUCAGAGGCAGGGAGAGGGCUGGAGACGAAAUACCGUCAGCACAAAUACUGCAGACUCAAAGACAGAGAUGGAGAGCAGCUACAGCCAGUGUUCACCCUGCUGGCCAGAUGAACAGCUCCUCUGCACUCAGACCUGCCUGCUUUCGCCUACCGAUCGCUCCCUGCCUCGCAGCCCCGGCUUAUCUCACGCUCCCCUCCACGCCAACAACAGCCACCAGAGGCGAGCAGUCCGCCCCAAGGUCAAAGGGAAGAAAUCCACUCUAAGAAUCACAGGGGGAGGGAACUCCCAAAACCGAAAAGUUACUGACUACUAUCCAAUAAGACGAAGCUCGAGAAAAAGUAUAACCGAGCUAAAGUGUGAAGAAAAGAAGCACAUAGACGAGCUCAUCACAAACGGAAUAGAGGAGGGGAUGGAGGUGCAGCAUAUAGAAGGAAAGGGAAGAGCAGUGUUUGCCACUCGGUGUUUCCAGAAGGGCGAGUAUGUAGUGGAGUACUACGGAGACCUGCUGCAGAUCACUGAUGCCAAAAAGAGGGAGGCCGAAUAUGCUCAAAACCCUGCCACUGGCUGCUACAUGUACUACUUCCAGUACCUCUGCAAAACCUACUGCGUGGACGCCACAAAAGAGUCUGAUCGAAUGGGUAGGUUGAUAAAUCACAGCAAAAAUGGAAACUGCCAAACCAAACUCCACGACAUCAACGGUGUCCCUCACCUCAUCCUCGUUGCCUCUCGAAACAUUGACAAGGGUGAGGAGUUGCUGUAUGAUUAUGGAGAUCGCAGUAAAGCCUCCAUCGCGGCUCACCCGUGGCUCAAAUAUUGAUUGAGGGAAAAGGGAAACGUACAGUAACACUUGUGUUUCUCAUUAGCUAGUGUACAAAAUGCCUUAGAAGCAGAAUGUGUACCCUUUUUGUUCCAAAACCAAGGAGACUGGAUGGGGUUCAUGUGUUUUUGGGGGGGCAUUUUGAGGUCAAUCUGCCUUGUCAGAUGACAUCUGUACUUUUUAUUUAUGUGUAUAUGAAACAUUCUGGUUGUUUUGCAGCACAUUUAUUUUGUACAUUUUGUAUUACUUAUAGACCAAUGCUUCUACAGCAUGCAGGUGGUAGUUAAUGCUCUGCAUUUUUAUACGCCUUUUUCUUAAUUAGUAGUUAGCAAUACUUAUAUUUAUGGCCCCAGAGCCCUUUUUGGAUCAGCAGGAACUAUGAGAUGCAAAUUACAAACACACAAAAAAAAAAAAAAGUCUGUUCUUGAUUUGAAUUUGAUUUCAACUCUCACAAUCUACCGUCGCUCAGUGGAAGUGUAAUAGUUUAUCAAACUCCUGGUAAGCUGGUAUUUCUGGAUCUUGAAAAAGAAUUUAGUAUUUAACUUUUUGAAGUAUAAAAUAACAGUAGGAUUACAUAGGAAUACAGAAAUUGGUCAAAUGAAUACUUUUCCUCUGUUUUCAAGCCUUUUACUUUUAGACAAUAUUGUAUUUUUUAAUAUUUAAGAUGCACAAUACAUUUGAAUCAUGUAGUCAGUGUUCAAAUAAUUCAAAUGUGUUCUGCAAAUCCCUACACUAUAUCCUGUCUGUUUAAACACAAAUGUUUAUGAAAGUUAGGUAGGUAAAUAUAAAAAAUAUAAAAACAUACAUUCUUCAGCUCACGACACUGUCUAUCUAACUGCACUGUGUAAAUAUAUUUAUUUGCUGUUGCAAAUCAAAGGGUGGUUUAAAGGAACAGUUUGACAUUUUGGGAAAUGAGUUUUUUUCACUUUCUUAUAAAGAGUUCAAUGAUUUCACUCCUGUGUCUCUACAUUGUAUAUCAGAGCUAACCCGACACGCAAAAUCAUCAUCAAAGUAGACUAAUUUGUCAUGCUCUGAGUGACGGAAAAAUCCAAACCCUCUCUCUUCACUUUUAUUGGUAGUUAAACACAAAAUCACAGGAAACAAAAUUGACAUUUAAUGUAAAAAGUCUAAACUUUAACUGAACAGAUGUAAACCUUUACAAGGCUUUCAUCACAAAGCUAUGACCAAACAAUCAUUUGAAUUGGCAAAUUGUGUCGUCAUGUGUCACUGGCUUUGUCUGAAGGGAACAAAAUCUUCCUACCAGUACUUCACUAAUUAACAUGUUUGUUUUAAUCUAUACAUAUACAAAGUGGGAAAGACAAGAUAUGGGAAGCUCUUCCUUUAAAAAAACAACAACAAACAAAACGGGUUAGAGCAUAAACCAAAUUACUGACAGAAAAGUCUUGCAUUUGUCACAUACACUUUGUUUAUGCACACAAAGUGGCCUCGCCCAACACGUCCACGUCUUUGGUGAACUGUUACACUCCUACUGUAUAUUGUAGAUCUUUGCAGGUUUUCAACACAUCUGUUCUUCCCGCUCACAAAACUGUUUUAUUGUUCACAACCGGAUGUUCCCUGGGAAAGUAUUUAACAACUUGAACCGCCAACAGGUCAUUUCCUACUUUAUAGUUUUGUGGCUUUUUUUUUUUUUUAAUUGUCAGAUCUUAUUUAUCUUAAUUUGUGUUGGAUUUAUUGCUGAGAAACAAAUUAUAUUUCUUUUAACUAAUUGGUAGGACAUUUCAGCUUCUGCGCAUUACGAUACAGAUGACAUAAAACACAGUGGCAGUAUUUUAGAUUCAAUAGUCACGUUCUUUUGGUCAAAUCACUGACUACAAAUUAAUGCACCACAGAAAAAUACACAUGCAGUGCAGCGGUUGUGGUUUUGAACACUGCUGGAUAACACAGUGGGGCAGGUUACUCCCGAUUCCUAGAAGUGUUCAAAUCAGAAUAAUAAAGCAGAAUCUGUAUUUUUGUUUCUGUCAACAAAUCCCAUGAUAAGACGAAACCCAACAAGGUUUCCUACUUACUGUUUGUCGAAAGCCCAUUUGUUCCUAAUGAAGACGCAAAUAUAUAGUUUCAUAUUUUAAAAGGCUCAUUAAUGUCCUAAAACAGCUGCUCACUGUAGGUUUUAAUCUAAAGUGGGGGAAAUAGUGCAUUUGUUGGGUGACUAUUUUCAGUGGCAGAUUAAUCCACAUGUGGUGCUUUAGGGAGCAGCAUGACGAUGUACAGUAUGUAGGACUGAGUCAGAAUAAACUACAGUGUGGGCUCAUGGUGAUGAAGGAACAUGUCACCCGGUGCAGCAGUGAGGCUCACAGAUGGGUUUAUUUUCUUUUUUUUUUUUUUUUUUUAGAGGGAGAAGAGAUAUCAAGCUGUGAUUCACAGUUAAUUGUUAGUGGGAUCAAUUCUCUGUUGGCUUUUGUCUUUUCAGGGAUUUGUUGACAGUACAAGAAAUUUAAAACAUCACUUAUCCUAAUUUAAAUUCAUUAACAGGAGCGGCUAUAACACAAUUAAAAUGUGUACAUUUUUAAUUGUACAUUUUAAGUACAAAGGCAUUGUUUGAAUUCAGUGGUUGAGCAUAUAAGCAUGAUGAAUUUAAAUGCAUUUGUGCUCCAAUUUAAGUAGAAAUUUAAAAUAUAUCUUACAAUUAUAAAACAUCAUUCAGUCACUUUCUCUUCUUAUAGGUGCUGUUUGUAUUAUUGCUAGUAUUUAAAUUAUUUUUGUUUAUUAUGAAUUAUUUGUCAUUAUUUUGGGGGCUCCGUCUUAAAAAAGGAGUUUGAAGUUUGGGAGAUAUAAAUGUGUUUUUUCUUUUUCUUGCCUAGAGUUAAAUGAGACGAUGGAGACGACUCUCUUAUCUUUAUUUCAAAUAUGAAGCUACAGCUACAAGAUGGUUAGCUUAGCAUAAAUAUAGCGAGGCCUGGCUCUGUCCAAACGUAACUAAUAUCACCUACCAGCACCUUUUAAAGCUCACUAAUGAUGUUUUAACUCGUGUAAAUAACUGAGCAAAUAAUUUGUCUUUAGGGCUGCCGGUAAGUGGAUUUGGAAAAAAAAAAUGGUGGAGCCAGGCUAGCUGUUCCCACCUGUUUUCAGUCUUUAUGCUAAGCUAAGCUAAUUACCUCCUGACAGAGAGUGGUAUCAGAUCUUCUUAUCUAAGUCUCGGCAAGAAAGUGAAUAAGCGACUUUCUGAAAAUAUUGACCCCUCUGAAUUUAUUUGUAGCAAGUUUAUUUCCAAAUUAUGCUAAAAUAAAAAGAGACCUGGCUGUCGUACCAAAUGUUUUCCAUCCACUCUGGGUACUCCUCUGUGGCUGUUCAGGUUGCACAGCAGAUUUAAAUAUGUUAAAAGUGUUCAAAAAUCAUGAAAGGACGACUAGUCCAGUUAUUAAAGUUUCCAAAAAUAUUCAGCAUAUUAUUGAAAUUAAGGAUUCUUUUAAUUCCCUUUUUCAAAUUUAAUUCAGAUAUCAUUUAAAACGUCUCAUCAGUGUUAAUACAAAGAGCCCAGUCGUGUGUGUGAGAAAGCAAGUUUCAGGAAAUCCACAGUGUAAUAAAUAAGAGACAUUCUGACCUUCCUUCUCAACACCUGCCACCUCCAACAGUAGCAUUGUGUCACAUGUGUGAAAUGUUUUCUUAUGAGCCUUUCUUAAACAAAUAUGUUGCAUUAAGGAUUAUUCCAUGCUUUGUGAAGGCCUAACGCAAUAAUACCAGAGGGGCAAGACUGACCUGCCAUUUUAGGACAUAAUAGAUCUUUGCUGUUGUAGCGUUGAAUAAAUCUUAAUGCUGGGGUUUAGGCAUCGAUGAAUAAAGAUGUAAUAUGCAAGUAACAGGAGUGGGCAUCUGAUUUGUUCUCAUAUUAAAAUAAAGUUUAAAGGUGUUUUAAAUGAAA